UCAACUACUUCAACGUGUCCUUCUAAAAAAAUCAACAACUUUAUUUUUUCUUCUUCUUCGACGGUGGUUCUGUAAUCGAUCGAAAUCACUUGAAUCGUUCCCUUCAAAUCCAUAAUCAAAUCGUUCAAAAAUCAUUCAAGUCAAUCGAUCUUGUGUUUUAAGAUCUCUCACCUAGAGUUCUAGAUCCCCCAUCACAAUGUUCGAUUUCAAGAUCUGCUUUAGUUCCGGGUCAACCAUCACCAAGCUUUAGACUCACAGAUAAGUUUUAUUUUAAAUUAUAAAAAUUUAUUUUUGCUGUAUAAACAGGAUUUAGAAAUCCAAUUAUGUUAAUGAAUAAUUUAUUAUUGAUACGUUUUUGUACAGGUAAAAAAAGUUUUUUCUUAAAAGGACAUAAGAAGAGUAGAAGGCAAACCUGAUAUAGCUUAUAAAAAAGUGAAGUGUUAUUGGUGAGGACCUGAGAAAAGAGAAACUACAAAUUACUAAUUGGAACAGUCCACAAAACCAAUUUCAGAAAUAAAGGACAGUUUAUGUGUCUAACUUGAAGCGACAUAUGGUCAUAGAGUUAACAAAAGGGAGGAAUUGGUGACAUUAGAGUUACUUAUGAUGGUCAGCUUGUACGCAUGACUGGUCGGUCGGUACUUUCCAGCUGCAGGAGUUACGGACACAUUCUCAAUGAACCUCCAUUGUCCCACCUGAAGUUUCUUAACACGAGCCAAGAAGAGUCUCUUGCAGGGUUUCUACAUCUUCUCGUUUUUUCCAUUUCUGGAAACCGUUAAAGGCGUCUUCUUGUUCCUGGGGGGUGAAAUGGAGGAAACAGAAGAAGCGUACCAGAAGAAAGAGCGAGCUUCACUUGUAGCCAUUGUCGUUCUUGCUUGCCUUGCUCUGUCAUCUUUGUUCGUCGCCUUUAGCUACUACUGCUAUAUCCGUAACAAAGUUUCCAAGCGUCACAGAAUCAACAAGAAGUUUGACUGCGAGGAGAAAGGUGAUUGUCAAGAACAACAAGAAGUUACUGACAAGGGGAUACAGGUUUUCACUUUCAAGCAACUACAUUCAGCAACUGGUGGGUUUAGUAAGUCGAAUGUGGUUGGUCAUGGUGGGUUUGGAUUGGUUUACCGUGGUGUGCUUAACAACGGGAGAAAAGUUGCUAUCAAGUUUAUGGAUAAUGCAGGAAAGCAAGGCGAAGAAGAGUUCAAGAUGGAGGUUGAGUUACUGAGCCGUCUGCGUUCACCCUACUUGUUGGCACUUCUUGGUUAUUGCUCAGACAAUAGUCAUAAACUGCUUGUGUACGAGUUCAUGGCCAAUGGCGGUCUGCAGGAACACCUCUAUCCUAAUAACAGGUCUGGUUCUGUCCCAUUGAGAUUAGACUGGGAAACUCGGAUGAGAAUAGCUCUGGGAGCUGCAAAAGGCUUGGAGUAUCUCCAUGAACAAGUAUCACCUCCAGUGAUUCACCGAGACUUCAAGAGCAGCAAUGUUCUGCUUGACAGAAACCUCCACACCAAGGUUUCAGACUUCGGAUUGGCUAAAGUAGGAUCAGAUAAAGCUGGUGGGCAUGUCUCUACACGUGUACUAGGCACACAAGGAUACGUUGCUCCUGAGUAUGCUCUAACUGGCCACUUGACUACAAAAUCAGAUGUCUAUAGCUACGGCAUUGUCUUGUUAGAGUUACUAACCGGGAGGGUUCCGGUAGAUAUGAAGAGAGCUACUGGAGAAGGAGUUCUUGUAUCUUGGGCUUUGCCUCAACUGGCUGAGAGAGACAAAGUGGUGGACGUAAUGGAUCCAGCACUUGAAGGGCAGUACUCGACCAAAGAGGUUGUUCAGGUUGCAGCAAUAGCAGCAAUGUGUGUUCAAGAAGAAACUGAUUACAGACCGUUGAUGGCAGAUGUGGUGAAGUCAUUGGUUCCUUUAGUGAGAAGCCGUGGGUCAGGCUCAAAGGUUAGUGGAUGCUCUAGUAGCUUUAGCUUGGCUCGCUCUCCUAACUUACCCGAUAAAGCAAGCGUCGGUUCUCAAUAAAAUCAAAGAAACCAAGGUUUUUUUAAGUUUUUUAUGUACUAAGGGAGUUUGUUAAGGCAGUGUAUAAUGUAACAGUGGAUGUUUUUACUAAAAUAUAAACUUUCAAAACUCUGUGUAUAAAUUUUAAUCAAGGUACUGAAUGUUAUGUAA